AUGUCCAGUUACUCUCUCUCCUCUCUCUCUCUCUCUCUACAUAUAUAUAUAAUGUCAAUUUUGUCUUGGAAGCUCGGAAUAUCUGUGAAUGCAAAAAGGGUUGCAAAAAUGGGCAAUUGGGGAACCCGCUUAAUGGUUCUACUGGGUUUUUUCUUGAGUUCGGCUCUGUGGUGCAAUGGAGGAGUCACUAGUAGUUAUGUAAAAGUAACUUAUCCAUCUGUUGAUAUGCCACUUAACAGUGAUGUUUUUAGUGUGCCCCCAGGCUAUAAUGCACCACAGCAGGUUCAUAUAACUCAAGGAGAUUCUGUGGGGCAGAGUGUGAUUGUGUCUUGGGUCACCCAACAAGAACCAGGCUCAAGCACUGUUCUUUACUGGGCUGAGAAUAGCACCCAAAUAUACAGUGCAGAAGGCAUCUACUUGACCUACAAGUACUACAACUAUUCUUCAGGCUUUAUUCAUCACUGCACCAUUGGUAACCUAGAGUUUGAUACAAAAUACUACUACGAGGUUGGCGUCGGAAACACCACACGGGAAUUUUGGUUUAUAACUCCUCCCCCAGUUGGUCCUGAUGUUCCUUAUACAUUUGGUCUUAUAGCGGAUCUUGGUCAGACUUUGAACUCAAAUAGCACACUCACUCAUUACCAAAUGAACCCAUUGAAGGGGCAAACAGUAUUGUACGUUGGUGACUUCUCUUAUGCAAAUAACUAUCCAUUUCAUGACAACACUAGGUGGGAUACAUGGAGAAGAUUUAUAGAAAGAAGUGCUGCUUAUCAACCUUGGAUAUGGACAGUGGGAAAUCAUGAGAUCGACUUGGAUAUUCAAUAUGGUGAAACUAUACCUUAUAAGCCCUUUACAAAUCGAUUUUAUACGCCAUAUAAUUCUUCAGCUAGUAUUUCACCAUUUUGGUACUCAAUCAAGCGAGCUUCAGCAUAUAUCAUUGUCCUUGCUUCAUAUUCAGCAUUUGGAAAGUAUAGUCCUCAAUAUACUUGGCUUCAACAGGAACUACCUAAAGUGAACAGGUCUGAAACACCAUGGUUGAUCAUCCUGGUGCAUUCACCAUUAUAUAACAGCUACCUCAGUGCUUAUAUGGAAGGAGAAGCUAUGAGAAUAGUAUUUGAACCAUGGUUUGUACAAUACAAAGUUGACGUCGUAUUUGCUGGCCAUGUUCAUGCAUAUGAAAGAUUUGAACGAAUAUCAAACAUUGCAUACAACAUUACAAAUGGACUAUGUACGCCUAUAAGUAAUCCAAAUGCACCGGUAUACAUAACAAUUGGCGAUGGAGGAAAUAUUGAAGGCCUAUCAAUCUUACAGUACCCACAACCAUCUUAUUCUGCAUUUCGUGAAGCCAGUUAUGGUCAUGGAAUUUUUUCUAUUAAGAACCGGACCCAUGCUUACUUUGGAUGGAAUCGAAAUCAAGAUACAUAUGCUGUAGAAGCUGAUUCAUUAUGGUUCCACAACAGAUAUUGGUAUCCUGUGAAUGAAACCACCACUUGA